ACAAAUACGUACGGGUAGAAAUAUGUUAAUUAAAUUAAGAGUUUUUCUGAAAAGUAAAUCAAUCUAGUUAAACAGUAGCUUGGUGUAAUUACUCAUGUUCAUUCAUGAAAUUGGCAAGGUCAAAACGUAUUCAAAAUGAGUGAGGAUACUUAUGAAGAUAAAAAUUUAAAGCAAAGGCAUUUCGAGUCUAAUCUAAGUGAACAACCUAAAUUGGCUACUUUAGAUCAAUUGGAUUCAGAAGAUGAUAAGUUGCCGGAAGAAAAGUAUCUAAAUAAUUUAGCAACGACAUUGCCCAAAGGAACAGAUAAAAUACCACAAAUAUUAAAAGUGGCACUUGAAGGUCUUCCUGAUAGGUGGCGAAACUGGGUAACAAGAGGUAUUUUCACAUGGGUGAUGAUAUUAGUAUUUGGUUUCUUAAUUUAUGGAGGCCCCUUGGCUUUAAUGAUAGCAACGUUAUGUGUUCAAGUGAAAUGCUUUCAGGAAAUAAUUUCAAUUGGAUAUCAAGUUUACAGAAUUCAUGGAUUGCCAUGGUUUCGAAGCUUGUCUUGGUACUUUUUGCUAACUUCUAAUUAUUUUUUUUAUGGAGAAAGUUUAGUAGAUUAUUUUGGGGUAGCUAUAAAUCGUGUUGGUUAUCUGAAAUUUUUAGUUGUUUAUCAUAGAUUUUUGUCUUUUAGUUUGUAUUGCGGUGGAUUCGUAUGGUUCGUGCUAUCUUUGGUUAAGAAGUAUUAUAUGAAGCAGUUCAGUCUUUUUGCUUGGACUCACGUGUCCUUGUUAAUUAUUGUGACUCAAAGCUAUUUGAUAAUUCAAAAUGUUUUUGAGGGAUUGAUUUGGUUUGUCGUCCCUGUAUCUAUGAUUGUUUGCAAUGACAUAAUGGCUUACAUGUUUGGUUUUUUUUUCGGGAAAACUCCACUUAUACAAUUAAGCCCCAAAAAAACCUGGGAGGGCUUUAUUGGUGGUGGGUUUGCGACAAUAAUAUUUGGAGUAAUUAUUUCAACAAUUUUAUGUCAGUAUCAGUACUUUGUUUGCCCAAUUGAAUAUUCUGAAUCUCUGGGAAAAAUGACAAUAAAAUGUGAACCGAGCUACAUAUUUAUAAAGCAAAAUUACUAUUUAUUUGGUAAAAUUUGGAAAAUUUAUCCAUUCACAUUUCAUUCACUUUCUCUUAGUGUUUUCAGUUCAGUAAUUGGUCCGUUUGGGGGUUUUUUUGCAUCAGGUUUUAAAAGAGCGUUUAAAAUAAAAGACUUCGGUGAUAUGAUUCCUGGUCACGGCGGUAUAAUGGACAGAUUUGAUUGUCAGUUCUUAAUGGCAACUUUUGUAAAUGUGUACAUUUCUAGCUUCAUUGCCACUGCCUCACCUGCGAAAUUGUUGUCACAAGUUCUUUCAUUAAAAACCGAACAGCAACUACAUAUAUAUGAUCAACUUAAAAAAAGUCUUGGAGAACGAACUGUUAGUUUAGAUUAUUUCCAUUAAUAAACCCUAAUUUGCACGUGUAGCAAAAUAUAGUUAUUUACUGUCAACUACUCUGCGGUUUCUUAUUAAUGUAUAUCUUUCAUAUUGGAUCCAUGUUGACUAAAAGUGGUUCUUUUAUAUGCGUUUUUAGUGGCUGAAAAUUAAUAAAAAUAUGCAUUUAUUUUAAUUGAUUUGUUGUGAUAAAAUUUGCAAAAUACUCUUCCAAAACCCCGACUCACGGGGGUAGUAUUUAAAUUAUUCAACUAAUGUAGUAUGUACACUGUAAUUGGGAUUUGAAAUCAAUAGAUCAGUAAUCUGUUAGCAUUGUAUAGAUGAUAAUUGGAAAUUUCUUAUCCAUUAUCAACUUUUAUGUAUGUACCUACAUAAAUACAUUAAGUAAUUUAGACAAAUAUUUAAAAAUAUACAAUUAACGAGUAAAAUAAAACUUGGAUUUUUGAUGUAAUGUUCUUAAAAACUGAAUAGUUAAUAAAAAAAAACUUGUUUUUUUUAGAAAAUUUGGAAUUUGCACGAAAUUAUAUAAUUUAUGUUUAAGCUUACAAUAUUUAUAAAUUAUGUAAAAGUUCAAUUUCAAGUUAUUGCAUGUAAAACUUGUAAAUAUUGAAAUAAAAUGUAUAUUAUUGUUAAUAGAA